UACAAUGUAGAGUUUCCUCUAAGCUCAGCUGCAAGCUGUUUGAAAACAGAAAGCUGCAGCGGCUCGGCUGUUUGCAGUCAAAACACCGGAUCGUGUUCCUCUGCUGCAGGUUUUAGAUCUGAAUGGGGAAACAUGGAGGCUGUGAAUGUUUGACCUGCUGAGACAUGAGCAGCAUGCAGGCGGACGGCUCCAAAUCAGGUCUUCGUUAUCCAGGGACAUCUGCAGCUAACGGCAGCAUCACUUCCUGCUCAGAACCGGCCCGUCAGGAUUCCUGUUCAUCCCGGAGCGGAUCGUUUUCCAGCCGGGAGUCCUCACAUGAACCAAUGAGCUGCUGACGCUCACAGAAAGCUGAGCUGUGAUUGGUCAGGAGUUCCUGCAGCAGGUGUGUCUCGGAUCCCGGACGGCAGAAAGACGUCCAGUUUCAGGUGGGAGGACACACUCAGGACAGGAGCUGAGGCUUCAGAGAAUUAAAGGUUCUGCUUCUGGUUCUGUUCAAGCUGAGCCAUGGAUGAAAACUUCUCCUCAGACAUGUGGUGGGGGACGCUCGGCACCAUCCGACCCUUCCCCAACUUCCACCCGGACCGAGACGCGGCGGACAUCCAGGCGGCGCUGGAGAGGAAAGACGCGGCGGCGCUGGUGAGGAUCCUGACCAACCGCAACAACGCCCAGAGACAAGCCGUCGCCCAGAGCUUCCAGGACCAAACCAAGCAGGAUCUGAGCGGCGUUCUGAAGAAGGUUCUGUCUGGAGAGCUGGAGGAGCUGCUGCUGCAGCUGGUGAUGCUGCCAGAGCAGCUGGAGGCCCAGCGCCUGAAGGCGGCCAUGGCGGGUCUGGGCACCGAUGAGGAGACGCUGCUGGAGAUCCUGUGUUCCCGCUCCAGGAAGACGCUGCAGGAAGUGGCUGCCGUCUACAGGCAGAUGUAUAAGAAGGAUCUGGAGAAGGAGCUGAAAGCAGAAACCAGUGGAGACUUCGCCCGGCUGGUUGUGGCUCUGCUGAAUAAAGCCGCCACUGCAGGCUCUGUCCAGAGAGACGUUCAGGCUCUCGCUGCAUCUCUCAGUGGGAAGAAAGCAGAAGCCGGACCCUGGAUCAACAUCCUGACGUCCAGAGACUCGGAUCACCUGGAUAAAGUGCUGAUGGAGCUGGAGCUGGAGACGGGGCAGACGGUGGAUCAGCUGGUGGAGAAACGCUUCUCAGGAGACUUCCGGCUCGGCCUGAGAGUUUUAGUUCAGUGCAUCCAGAACCCCGAGGUCUACCUCGCCCAGAGACUGCUCACCAUGAAGACGUCGCUGGUUCAGGGCAUCAUGGUGUCCCACAGCGAGGAAGACCUGCUGCGAAUCCGCGCGGCGUUCCUCAGGCUCAGCGGAUCGUCUCUCUACUCCACUCUGCAGAAACAUUUUAAAGGGGAGCAGCUGCUGGCUCUGCAGGCCAUCUGUCGGUCUGAAGAUUAAACUGAACCGCCUCUCCAGGAACCUGUUUGUUCAUGUUUCACAUCUUCUUUUCAUAUUAAUGACGUUUCUGACUUUCAUCUGUAACUUAUUAACUUUUACCACUUUGUGUAGCUGGAACACUUUGGUUCUUUGUUUUAAUGUGUAACAUGAAGGCAGAACUCAUUAAAACUUAAACAUGCAAACAAA